AGUACAUCAAGAUGGCAGACCACUACGUCCCUGUUCCCGGGGGGCCGAACAAUAACAAUUACGCCAAUGUGGAACUCAUAGUAGAUAUCUCCAAGAGGCUCCCGGUGCAGGCCGUAUGGGCUGGCUGGGGCCACGCUUCAGAGAACCCCAAACUGCCUGAGCUGCUCCAGAAACAUGGCAUCGCCUUCCUAGGCCCUCCCAGCGAUGCCAUGUGGGCCCUGGGAGACAAGGUCGCUUCCACCAUCGUGGCGCAGACCCUGCAGAUCCCGACGCUGCCGUGGAGCGGAAGUGGUCUCGUGGUGGAGUGGCAGGACGAGGAUCUCCAGCAGAUGAAGAGAAUCAGCGUCCCUCCUGAGACGUACUCCAAGGGCUGCGUGAAGGACGUGGAGGAGGGCCUGCAGGCCGCCGAGAGGAUCGGCUUCCCGGUGAUGAUCAAAGCUUCCGAAGGUGGCGGAGGGAAGGGGAUCCGGAAAGCGGAGAGCGCCGAGGAUUUCCCGAACCUCUUCAGACAAGUGCAGAGCGAGAUCCCGGGCUCCCCGAUAUUCGUCAUGAAGCUGGCUCAGCACGCGCGGCACCUGGAGGUGCAGAUCCUGGCCGACCAGUACGGGAACGCCGUGUCCCUGUUCGGCAGAGACUGCUCCAUCCAGCGGAGGCACCAGAAGAUCAUCGAGGAGGCGCCCGCCACCAUCGCCAUGCCCUCGGUGUUCGAGUUCAUGGAGCAG